AUGUUGGAUGCAAAACCGAAAGCCACACCGCUCCAACCUGAUAUUCAACUGACAACCACAGGAGAUCCAUUCUCUGAUCCCACUCAAUAUCACUCUCUCUUUGGUGCACUCCAAUAUCUCACUAUAACUCGUCCUGACUUGUCCUACGCGGCAAAUUUGGUUAGUCAGUUUCUUCAAGCUCCAACAAAUGAUCACUUUCAAGCAGUUAAAUGCAUCCUUCGAUAUGUCCAAGGCACCAUGUCCUAUGGCCUAUCCUUCACCCGUGGAGCUUCCCUUAAUGUUCUUGUAUACUCGGAUGCAGAUUGA